CCAACGCCAAUAGUGUACGUAGGCAUAUUGUCCCAAAAUUCAAAUGAGUCACACUUCAAUUAAUAAUAUAUUCCAAUAAACUGUUGGAGUUAAAUAUAUAGUUACGAGUUAAAUAUUCAUCCCUCAGUAUCGUAAACUCCAGCUGAUCUGAACUGCGACUACGGUAAAAUGAAGGGAAAAUGGCAUUUGGCUUACGAAGUGCAUCGUGUGUUUUUUGGAACAGCAUUCUUACUUCUGACAUGUUCGUGUCUUCGUGCCAUGAUUCGUGCUACUAAUACAACGCCACUCUUCACUAAAUCUCGCAUCAGCUACGCAAUAAAUGCUGUCCUUGUUUUUUUCACCUUAAGUCGAGCAUUGGCGCUGCUUUUACAUGGAUACAUAAACGACGAAGCAAUCCUAACAGUUUUUGCGUUGGACGAAUUUCUUUUGAACAUAGGUUUUCCAUGUUUAAUAGCUGCGUAUACUCGCAUGAUCUACCCUUGGCUCGAAUAUCUUAAACAUCGUGUACGGCGUGUGUUCAAUAUUCUGAUAGUGCAAUGCUAUAUAUUUAUCCUAGCAGGAAUCGCAGGGACAACUUAUAAUCAACAUGUAAGUUUAUACGUCAAACUCAUACUACCAUCAUGCUCUAUUCUGUGUGCACUGUGCGCCUUCAUUACUUACGCGAAGACUUUCUACAGCAAUUCUUCUAACGAUAUUGAAAAAUCGAAUGGCCUGACAGUAGGAAUCAUUAAUACGACAAGCUGUGAAACGGCAGCCAAUGACAUGAAUGAAAGGAAAGGUACAACUGAAGAAAACAUCGUUACUGUCUCGAUAUCGUGUAUAUGCAUCAUAUGCUUUGUGAUCUGGGGCUGUAUUGUGUCUGGAAACCUUAAGCGGUGGGAAAGCGAUAUAUACGUCGAGAGUUGGUAUUCGUGGAUGUACGCAAACGUACUUCGUAUGAUAGAAUUGGGAAACGCUGCCAUCAUGUCACAUCUGGUACAACGUGUCACGCUCAAGCAAAAAUUUCCGUUGCAGAUGUAAACUGUAAAACAUUCAGUCGAUUAUGUCAUCUCGAUUGUGACCGAGUUUAGAGAAUCUCAAAAUUUAGAGAGUGG